UCUCUCUUCACUGCUUCAUUAGUUUGAAACAUCCAGAGCAGUCUCUGGUGAAUGAAAGUGGGAUUCAGGCAAUAUGCGUUCUUUCAGGUUGAAAUGGGUUAUUAUGGUGUUUGUGGUUGUUUUCGGAAUAAUGGGAAUAUUUGUCUGGAACAUGGGUCUGAACCUGACAGCCUUGUCUUCCACUACAGAUAAUGUUAAACAGAGUUUUGUCCCUAUGCGAUCCCAAGAAAAACGCGCUAAUUGCAGUUGUAGACCGGGACCCACAUUUUAUAAGCUGGAGAAUUACGUCGAUAAGAACGAAUUGAAUGAGGUCGCAAAAAGAAGAGAAGCAGAGUAUAAACAACACCUGAAAAGGGAAUCUUCUCCAUUGGACACUCUUUUAAUAGCCCAGCCUAACUCACCCCUGAGGUAUCCUAUUCAAGGAGUAACAGCACUACCUCUGCAAACCAUUACUAUUCCAGAACUGAGUGUACAAGCCCCCUUUGAAAUAAGUUACCAGGUUUCUUUACAUGCUACUCAGGGGACCUUAAACACGGAGGUGCCGGGCUAUGAAGAUGAGGUACAAGGACGCGGGGAACAUGUAAUGAAGAUAUCAACUUCAACCCUGGACGAUCUCAAUCACAUCUUGAAUUACACCACAUACACAAGCACAGUUUAUGAGAUCAGCACGGCAGAUCUAGUUAGUUUUAAAUUCAAACAGUACUGGGCUACAUUUCCGAUUCUAAUAAGACAGCCGAUGAUGCCGAAGCUGUAUGACCCUGGAGCAGACAAGAAGAUCAGUUCUCUGGUUACAAUCACCACCAAAACAUUCCUUCGAUACGACAGUGUUCGCCGCUUAAUUGACAGCAUACGGACAUUUUACCCGGAUAUCAAGAUUAUAGUCGCGGAUGACAGCUUUAUCCCAGAGAAGAUUAACGGAUCCAAUGUUGAGCAUUACAUCAUGCCCCCGGCUAAGGGCUGGUUUGCUGGCAGGAACCUGGCAGUGUCUCAGGUCACCACCAAAUACUUUCUGUGGGUGGAUGACGACUUCCUGUUUACCAAAGAGACCAAAAUCGAGAAGCUGGUGGAGGUGAUGGAAACCAUACCGAAGCUGGAUGUGGUAGGGGGCACUGUGGCUGGCAAUGACUUUAAGUUCCAGCUGGUCUAUGAAGAAGGGGAUGAAGAGGGGGGCUGCUUGCACCAGAGAAAUGGACACUUAAAAAAUGUGCCUGGAUUCCCAGCCUGUGUUGUGACCAGUGGAGUGGUCAACUUCUUCCUGGCACGGCCUGAGCCUGUCCUGAACGUGGGCUUUGACCCACGGCUUAACAGAGUUGCCCAUUCAGAGUUCUUCUUUGAUGGCCUGGGCGCUUUGCUCGUUGGGUCCUGUGGAGACGUCUCUAUUGGUCACCAACCUGCGGACAAGUCACAGGGCAAUGAGAUGAACGAAAUGUACCGAAAAUUCAGGACAAACACAAACGAGCAAUUCAAAAUGAAAUUGUUUAUGUACUAUUUUAAAAACCAUCUAAAAUGUUUCUCAAAGAACUGAAGUUUAUCUGACAACAUGUAGACUAGAUGGGCUACUGAAUUACGGGAAGGAUUUGUGGGUGAAUUUUCUGUGGUCAAACACUGUACUAAGGGUGAACAAAGGGUCACUAUAUAAGCCAUUUGAAAUGCAAUUCUGUAAGAUUAAAGAUAAAACUGUUGCCACCACAGACAAAUAUUUCCCAAAAUUCAUUCAACAGUAUAUAUUUCCCAGAAUGUUUGACUGUGACUUAAAGUUCAAUGUAAAGUAAUUGUAGCUGACAUAACGAUUCCAGAAAUCUUACCUGUUGUGCUAUUAAUUAAGAUUGUGUUGCACUGCCUGAAUGGAGAAAUUGGCCCCACCCCUUCAACCAGCUUUAUUUCCAGUCAUUAACCAACCAGCUUAUUCUGCUGUUGACUGACAUGCUUUCAGCCAGUAACAUGCUUUGACCUAGAAGACAGCCCUGCUGAAUUGAAUUGGCCUUUUCAAAUACAACAGCAAGGCAUGGAAAAGGAAAACUUUCUUUAAUCUAGUGUAGUAAAACAUAUCCCAUUUUAAAAUGAAAAUGCAUGCUUGCAUAUAACACGUAUUUCUUUCCUAAGUGCACAUUUGAGACCUGUGUUAAUGGAAGUGCAAAAGAUACGAUUUUCGGAAUUAUAUUUCUAGCGCAAACAAGUUAUCAAUGUAAGGUACUAAUGGUACUUUAGACAAAAAAAGCAACAUUUCGUUGUAAACAUUCAUUAUUGAUACAGAAUCAAGUGUAAUAAUAUUCACACAAAUUAAAAUUACAAUGGUGAGUGAACAAGCUCAAAUAAGUAAAAGAAAAUCCUUUAACGAGGCAUUUUUGUGUAGUGGCAUCCAUUGUUAGCUCAAAAUAUUUCUUGAUGUUUUUGGUGGUGGUUAUAUAUAUAUAUAUAUAUAUAUAUAUAUAUAUAUAUAUAUAUAUAUAUAUAUAUAUAUAUAUAUAUAAUAUAAUAUAAUAUAAUAUAAUAUAAUAUAAUGUGUGUGUUAUAUUAAGUUCAUUUCCCUUCUGUAUUUCUGUCUAUCUCUUCUAAGAACUUCCUUUAACUAAAUAUUCUGUUGAGCCCAGACAAAUUUAUCAUUUGUCUUCCUUAUUCCACAGUCCCAGGGCUGGAAUAGGAAUUGUGCUUUAGUUUGUAAACAUUCCUUGUUGCUGUUUGAAAAGCUGACUUGCACUUAUAUUUAUUACUUGUUUAUUUCCAUUGAAAAAGGUGACGGAGAAUGUAUUUUUCACUUAAUAUAAAGAAAAUUGUUUUAUAACGUUAAAGAUGUUUAUAUUUAACCCAAUCAUUUGUUUGUGUGAAUGGAAUAUAUUAAUAUAAACACAUUACUGCUGUAUAUAGUUUUUCAUGUGUGUAUUAAAGCAGGCUCCAACAGCAUUCCAUAUUGCUCUUUUUUUUUUUUUUUUUAAAUCCGUCCCCGCACAGAACUUCAACAACACCAGACAAAAAACCACUGUUUCACAUGUUUUAACAAAAUAAGAUCUUGCAGCUAAACUAAAGCACAGCAUGUAUACUAAUUAUUUGUAUAUUAUUUAUUUAUUUAUUUCUAUAUACCAGUGCUGUAGGACUGGAGACCUCGGACUCGAUCUGUCGGGACUCGAUGUCUCGGCCGAGAUUUCUUAGCAGACGCCCUUAUCCAGGACGACUUACAAUUGUUACAAGAUAUCACAUUAUUUUUACAUACAAUUACAUUAUUUUUUACACAUUAUUAGAGCUUGAGAUAAUGUGGUAUCUAACAUGCCCUAUGGGUGUUUGUAAACAAACUAAACUUUAGUUGGGAGACCGUGGGUGGAGUUAAGCUUAUAAACAUUUUGUCUCGAGUCGUGUGUGUGUGUGUGGAUUCACAAAGCUUUGCAUGAAGUUCUUAGGGAGAAAACGUGCACGUUUUGAUUUGGAUUACUAGAAGGAGAUUGAUUAUGAUUAAAUUGUUGUGUUAAAGUGAGUAACCCACUGCUUACUAUAAUACUGUAUUAGGUUAAAAUAAAAAAAAAUAAAACUCAUUGAAUGAUACUGGUGACAAGUUUAUUAAAGAGUGGUUUGCUUUAUUUUUGUUAUUAUGAUGUGUGUGUUUGAAGUGUGACAGUUACUUGGUUUAGAGUGAAUUAAUUGGUUUGUAGUUUAAUAUGUAAUGGUUUUGUAGUGUAAUACUUGUUUCAGCACUAUUCUGAUUCCAUGAGUUGUGUCCAAUUAGAACUUCAGUGCUGAACUCUCUAUUCAACUGUCUUGUUGCUGCUAAUUAUAACUCCCCCUCCUGAAUUCUAUCUUUGAUUACCUUAUUGCUGCUAAUAGAGUAUUUGAUUGAGUAAUUGCACUUUAUAUAAAAAUUCUAGUUUAUUGGCUGGGAGUCAUUUAUUUGGUUAGUAAUGGUCUCUGUUCUGAAUAACUGUCGAUAACUUGCCCCCAUUUUACUGAACGUGGCUGUA